GAGGAUGUCCCGGGCCGGAGGAUGUCCCGGGCCGGAGGAUGUCCCGGGCAGGAGAAGGUCCCGCACCGGGAGGAUGUCCCGGGCAGGAGAAGGUCCCGCACCGGGAGGAUGUCCCGGGCAGGAGCCGCCACCGGCCCCGCGCCGGUGCUGACUCAGCUCGUCCCGCAGCAUCACGUGAAGCCGGGGGCAGCCCCCGCGUCCCCCCUCCUUGUCCCCUCCUUCCCUCCAGCCCAUCCAAACCCGAUGCUUGCCAAAAUUUUCCGGCUGCCUCCAAACUUCCUCAAUCCGGCAGCAUAAAAGCGCAGCCUCCGUCCCGGCGCUCCCACCGACGGCUCCGUGCUCGCAUCCAGCUGGUCCCCAGGAUGUGGUGGCCCGUGCUGCUGGCCCUGCUGGUCCCCACGGCGCUGGCCCAGCUGCACCCAGAGCCAGAACUGGACGCGCAGUGGGAGCUGUGGAAGAAAACCCACCACAAGCAGUACAACGGCCAGGCGGACGAGGUGACGCGGAGGCUGAUUUGGGAGAAGAACCUCAAAUACAUCAACACCCACAACCUGGAGCACUCCCUGGGCGUCCACACCUUCGAGCUGGCCAUGAACCACCUGGGCGACAUGACCAGCGAGGAGGUGGUGAGGACAAUGACCGGGCUGAAGGUGCCCCGUGGUCGCCAACGCCACAACGAGACACUCUUUGUCCCCGACUGGAGCGAGAGGGCCCCGGCUGCCAUGGACUGGCGCAAGAAAGGCUACGUGACCCCUGUCAAGAACCAGGGCCAGUGUGGCUCGUGCUGGGCUUUCAGCUCGGUGGGCGCCCUGGAGGGGCAGCUGAAGAGGAAAACAGGCAAACUGCUGUCCCUCAGCCCCCAAAACCUGGUGGACUGCGUGGCCAACAACGACGGCUGCGGCGGCGGGUACAUGACCAACGCCUUCGAGUACGUCCGGCAGAACCGCGGCAUCGACUCCGAGGACUCCUACCCCUACAUCGGCCAGGACGAGAGCUGCAUGUACAGCCCCACGGGGAAGGCGGCCAAGUGCCGCGGCUACCGCGAGAUUCCCGAGGGGAACGAGAAGGCGUUGAAGAGGGCGGUGGCCAGGAUCGGGCCCAUCUCCGUGGGCAUCGAUGCCAGCCUGCCCAGCUUCCAGUUCUACAGCAGGGGCGUGUACUACGACGAGAGCUGCAACGCUGAGAACAUCAACCACGCCGUGCUGGCCGUGGGCUACGGGGCACAGAAGGGCACCAAGCACUGGAUCAUCAAGAACAGCUGGGGCGAGGAAUGGGGCAACAAGGGCUACGUCCUCCUGGCCCGCAACAUGAACAACGCCUGCGGUGUGGCCAACCUGGCCAGCUUCCCCAAGAUGUGAGCCAGCCCUUCCCUACCCACUGCCCUGCCCUCCAGCUUGGCCUCUUCCCUCCCAGCCUCAAAGAUGACCGUGCUCCCGGGGGGAAUUCUUUGUCUCCGUGAGAAGUUUCCCCUGGGAAGGGGGAGACACUCCCUCUUCACCUGCAGGGAAUGGGAGAUGAGUCCCCUCAACUCUUUUAUUUUUUCCACACUUUGCCAUGUUGGCUUCUGCCUUCCCAUGGACUGUGCUUGGCCUGAUCUGUGGAGGCCAAUCCAGCCAGACAUGCUUCAGGAAACAGGUUCCACACCAGCCUCUGCCUCAGGAGGCCUGGGGUGGAGGUGGAAUAUUCCCAGUGGAGAACACAGAUCCCUCUCCCUCCACCCUGUAUCCCAGUGGAGGCUGCUGAGAAUGAUAUGACUUUAUUUUUCAACUAAAAUUGGGAAUAAGG